AUGGCAAGUGUAAGAUUACUAUUGACAAUACCAUUACAUUUGACGUUACUAGCCCUUGUCUUUGUUGGAAUAGUAGACUUUAUCAAGUUCCACCAAGACAAUAACCUCAAUGGUGGCUAUCACAUUGGUGUGUUAAUAUAUCUAACUUUCUGGGGACAGCUCAUUUGGUUCGUCUUCCUUGUUGCAGCCACAAUAGUUGAUGCACUCGAUGUCAUUGGCUAUUCAUCAACGAAUCCCACAAAGUACUACUACUUUCUAAAGACACGUGAUGUAUUGUAUCGCUCCUACGCAGGACCUGUUGGCAUCGCCAUCACCCUACUCUUCUGGUCAGUUAUCGCUGUUGAUGAGCAAGGCAUCUUCCCCAAGCACAUUGCAGAUAUCUACCCAUCACAAAUGAACCAUAUCCAACAUACAUUGCCAUUUUUCGCUGCACUACUCGAGUUGAUGCUCGUCAACCAUCAGUUCCACAAGUUCAAGGUGCCUGUUAUCACUGGCAUCCCGUCGACAGCGCAGUUCAAAGAAGACAUCACUCACACAUUCUCGUUGCUCAAUGCUUUCCUCUACCCAUUCCUCAUCAGUCGUUAUGUACAAGGCCACUUUGCAUAUCCUUUCCUCGACUGGAUGCCUGGCUACGCUCAAGCGAUCUUCAUCAUCUUGUCCAUUGCAUUCGCUGGUGCUAUCUACCUUGCUCUUCGAAAGCUUAGCCGAUGGCGAUGGGGUGGUGAGCCAGGAUCAAUGGCCCUCAAGACAAAGGAUCAAUAA